AGCAGCUCAGCAAUCACCAGCCCGUUCUCCAAUUUACUUGGGUUCUGCAGCGCGCAGCCUAGCCCACCCACCGCCGAAACCUCAGCCGGCACCGAGCACUGAGCACUCUCUAUACCAAAAAACCAACCUCAUCUUUCUCGUUGCCUUUUCGCCUCGCCCACAUCCACCACUACCACCUACCAAAGCACCCAGUUACUAUCACCUUCCUAAUUUCCCAUCAGGUCACCUUUUACUUCUCACCUUUUACCCUUCCCUCAUCUCUCCUGAUCGAUCAGGACCGCUAUCGGCUUGCUACAGCACCUAGAUUACCACAUUUCUUACUCCCCUGCAGCCCCAAACUUGCUUGCGCUCCCAGGUUUCUUAGCCACCGCAUCCCAUAAUUUGUGGCGGUCGCGUUUCGUCUGAGGCUCCCGCUCCUCGACCUCUGUCUAUCGCAGCCACUACAUCCUUCGAUUAUCGCCAGCCAACUUCGCACCUUCGCCCGAUCCUCCCCUGCAGAAAAUGAGGCUUUUCUCUGUUCUCUGAAGUCGCCGUCGGUUUGCGCGACCGACUCUCUCCGCACGCCCAUUGCGAACAACUCGAACAAUCACCUUGCGACCCACACCGUCCUGACACACUCCCACGACUGAGGUUCUUUCCUCUUCCACGCGCCUUCACUCUCGUCCUUCGAGCCCUACCCGCUUCCUUGAUACACCCGAAUGUCGAUGGCUACCAUGAAUAUGGCUGGCAUGAAUCCUGCCGCCAUGGUGCCAGGCGGCCCAGUUGGUGGUGGAAUGAUCAUGAUGAACAAUGGCAGCCCUGCUACACAAGUCAACAUGGCCAGCUCUCCAGAGCAGCUGAAGGCUCAAUUAAACACCUACAUCUACGAGUAUUUCCUCAAGCUCGGCCACUAUGACCUUGCCCGAAGCCUCCUGCGUGAGGAAAAAUUCGAAGUCCGUACGAAGCCGCCGGUCAAGCAAAGCCCCGGCAGACGCAAAGAUACUGAAGUGAAUGGUGUUGAUGGAGAUGCCAUGGACACUGAUGUCAAAGACGAUAUUCCCGACGACCUUCCUCGCCCUAUGCAUGUCACCGACGCUAAUACACCCGGCAUCGGCUUUCUGUUCGAAUGGUUUAGCAUCUUCUCCGACCUCUUCACCGCGCAUCGUUCAAGCAAAAUGCAGGGUGGCCAGGGCGGGAAUAUGGGACCCGCCGCUCAAUAUUUGAUGCAACAUCAGAAUAUGCAACGCAUGAGGGAAAACCAGCAAAAUCAGAAUCUCGCUCGACCUGGCAUGAUGGCCGCAAACCGAUUCGCCAUGCAGGCUAAUCUCCGCAACAACGUCGUGAAUGGAAACAACAUGGCUAGCAAGUAUACUCCCCAACAAAUUCAGCAGCAAUUCAAACAGGCGCAGAUGCUUCAGCAGCAACAGCAGCAACAGAUGCAGCGAGAACAGGGCGACGUAGACAUGAACGGUCGCGCCUCGUCGCCGGCGGAGGGCGAGAAUGGUGGGUCGCCGUCCAAGAGACCACGACUCGAAGGUCAACAGUUCAACGGUGGCAUGAUGCCUAAUGUGCGGCCAGGAAUGCCCAACGUCACACCUCAAAACAUGAUGAUCCAGACUGCUUUCCAACCGAACAUGAAUAACCCUCAGUUCCGACAAAACGGGGGCAUGCCACAGAAGCCCAUGCAGCCCGGGCUACCUAAUGGCAUUAUGAGCUUACCCAAUGCCGGUUCACCCAUCAUGCAGGGCAUGAAUCCUCAAUACGACAACAAUAUGCAGAUCGACAUGUACAACCAGAGAAUCGCUAGUCAACAGAUGCAAGGUGGUCCAGGUGGAGGCCAAAGUGGAAACCAUGCUCUUCAAGAUUAUCAAAUGCAGUUGAUGCUCCUUGAGCAGCAGAACAAAAAGAGAUUGAUGAUGGCAAGACAAGAGCAAGACAACGCCGUCAACAGAGACGGUGGUCCGGGCGGACCCAUGGUUGGAAUGCAACCCGGUGGCAUGUCGCCUUCAGGCAGUCGAACGGGCACGUCUCCCAACCCAGUGGAUCAAAUGAAGCGCACACCACAGCUAGGAGGCUUGCCUGGUUCGCCAUCGGCGGGAGACAUGGCAGGAAGGUCACCUGGCGCCAUCAACUUUAUGAAUGGUAUGCAGGGCACCGACUUCAACCCCAACAUGUUUAUCAAGGACAAUCAAGGCAUGGUGCCCGGCGCUCCGAAUAUGAGGCCUCCCACGGCCAUGGAAAUGCAGGCAAAUAUGGCCCGCCAACAGCAAAAUCGUAUGGGUGGCCAAUUCCCAGGUGGCCAGCCAAUGGUGCAGCAACCAUCUCAAGGCGGAGGGCCGCAGCCCAUGGGGACGCCAGGGCAACGGAACGAAAUGCCACCUCCUCAAGCCCCGGCAGGGAGCAAUGCCCAACGCAACCAGCCCGGGUCUCCGCAGAGUGGCAAUGCUCCCCCGACCCCGUCGACAACUAACAAACCGAACCCGAAGAAGAAAGCUAAGGAGGAAGGGACGAAGAAACGCCCAACCAAGAAGGGCUCGACGGCGGCAGCGGCAACGUCUUCAGAGAACGAACCUCCCGCAACGCCCACUCCUUCCACUCCUCUCACCCCCGUGCACCCUCCAGGUUUCAACAAUUCGGCUGGCAAGGGUGGCGCUGGUAUGCCGAAUCCCAACCAAGCUCCUCCGCCAAACGCUGGCAUGCCGCCUAGUCAACCACAGAUGCACCAGCCAGAUCUUUCCCAGCAGAACGCUUUCACGGACUUCAAUGCGGACCAAAAUUUCAACCUGGAUUUCAGCAGUUUAGAGAACAGCGAUGUUUUGGAGAACUUUGACUUUGACAGUUUCCUCAACACGUCCAACGAGGACACAUUCAACUUUGACAACGCCAUGGGGAUAGGGGGAGACUUUGGGGUUGACACAACCAACGAAUAGUUUCGUCGAAGGUGAUGCUCUGUAUCAAUUACUAACUAAUGCUUUGGCGUUCUGAUGAUUUCUGGCAGCUCACGCAUGGUCGGUGGGCGUGUGCACGAAAAGAGCUCCGGUCUUGGAAAUACUUGCUCUGUUGAUUACUAUACCCGUUGCUCAGACGAAAAUGAUUUCACUUUGCUUGGACAUAACUUCAUGGGUUGAGAUGUAGUUGCAUUGGUAUAGGGAUGGACAGGUGCCUAAUUCCAGUUUUCAUUUUCCCAUUCUGCACUGUGGGCUUGUGGUCGACACGAGACACCAUGUUUGUCCUCCAUGGUCUCCGCCGUCGCUGUGCCCGACAUUCAUGCUAUCCAUUUUGGGAGGUCUUUGAAGCUUGCAGCGGAG